UCAGGCUACUACCGGGGUCACAGCUGGCGGAUAGUGGACGGCCUACGCUAAGUAGGUUAGCUGCGAAUAGUAAUACGCAGCCCCCGACCAAGAGCUGCAGGAGAGGAGGGCUUGGCUCAAAACGCCUCACGCGCCCAAUGAACCUCCCGCGAAGAGGCGAGAAGAUGCCGCCUUAAAAUAAGCGUCCACAACCCCCACCGGGGCUGCACCGAGGGAGAACCUACCCAAGAGAGGGAGGCAACAAAGCGACGAGGGAACAGAAGACGACGAAAAACCCUGGGCAAAAGCCCAUCAGAAUUGAGACCAGUAAAAUUCUGAUUAUGGUGUACUGGAAAACCGAUAUGGAACAGAUUGACAAAGGGCUGGGGGGGGCAGUAUUCUGCCACCUCAGUAGAUAGGAGUGACAUCUUAUCGAAAUGGCUGGCAGGCUAAUACUGCCCUCACCUCCGUCUCGUAAAUUCGGAGAAGUAGACUUUUACACAACUCAGCUGUUAUCCGGCCACGGAUACUUCAAAAAGUAUCUCUACAGAAUGGGAAAAGUCGAAGAGCCGUCAUGCCCAUACAACGACGCGACAGAGGAUGACGCUGAACACACAUUCAUUGAAUGUGAGCGCUGGCAAGGGGAACGCACCGUCGUAGAAGGCCUGGUCGGGCCAAUAAACGCUGACAAUGUAAUCAGCGUCAUGUUGGAGAGCGAAACAAACUGGGGGAUUAUCCAGAAAUACGCAGCAACCGUGCUACGCAUCAAAAAGCGGGACCUGGACGCAGGUGCGCAGAUGUAAAUCUCUC